AUGAUACUGCACUGGCUCUCCUUCCUUCUCUGCCUGCGUAUCUACAUUUGCAUUUCUCUCCCCAACAAGCAUGGCUUUAUAAGUACCUUGAACCAUGCCAGGGCAUCUCUCCUUCAAAGCAAAGGGAAAAACAGAAGAGGGGUUAUCUUCUCUCAGAUUGAAAUAAAAAUGCCUGCCUUGUCAAGUACCAUGACAUCAGGAAAAAUUAUCAAGUGGAACAAAGACAUUGGGGAAUACAUCAAUCUUGGCGACAUCAUUAUGACGGUAGAAAGUGACAAAGCGGAUAUGGAUGUAGAGGCCUUCGACGAAGGCUUCCUGCGCGUAAAACACAUGGGAGACGGAAGUGAAGCAAAAGUCGGGGAUACCCUUGGAAUUCUAACCACGGAGAAAGAUGAACAAAUAGAAGCUCGUGGUGACGACUCCCCCACGGGAAUAACACAGCAGAGUUCGCGGAAGGAACAGAUAGACGUUGUCACGCAGGGAAACGACACCACAGAGACAGACACAGACUCAACCACCACGCAAACUACACAGGAAAUAAGGGGUGAGGAAAAAAUAUAUGUACCGUUCGUAAGUAGCAAGAGAAACAAAAUGAGGAUAAUCAAAUGGACUCGAAAAGAAAAUGAUUACGUCAACAAGGACGAAAUUCUUUUCCAUGUGGAAGACGACAAAAGUACCAUAGAAGUGGAGAGCCCUUAUUAUGGCAUCAUUAAGGAAAUACUUGUCGAAGAAGGACAGUUCGCAGAUUUUGACAAACCGGUCGCCAUCAUCUCCACCAUAAAAGCAGAAGAACACCCGCAUAAGGAACAAACCCCCUUAGAGAAUGUCCAACUCGUAAACGAAGAAAACAUUUUGAGGCAUUACCAGGGAACCCUCAGCGGAACCAAGGAAGGAAAACUUCUUCUGGAAAAUAUGAGCUCCUCGGACAAGCAAACCAUGGAAGAGCGGCUCCUUCUAAACUGUGACAAGUACAACAACCUUUCCAGGGACUUCUUCAGUUCGCCCCGCGAUGAUAUACCUGAGGAAAGCUCAAAAAAGCAGGAGCGGGACACGGCUCCCCCCAAAGGAAGAGACGCCCCUGUUGUGCUUCCCUCCGCAGCCGAAAUGUUGGAACAGAACAAGCUAAACCCAGAGGACAUUAAAGGAUCUAAAAUACCUGGACGUAUAACAUACGAAGACGUGGUUUCACACCUGGAGCGCACAGGAGGAGCUACACCCGCGAAGGAAAAAAUAAUUGAACUAACCAAAGUGCAAAAGGCAAUCAAAAAUAACAUGUUGCGUACCCUAUCCAUUCCAGUGUUCCGCAUCACUCAUUUUAUAAAAACAAACGCUCUCCUAAAACUGUAUGAACAAGUUAAGGACAAAAUUAGCAUGACUGUCCUCCUGAGCAAAUGUGUGUCGAAUGUAUUACUGAAACAUCCCCUCAUUUACUCAACCUUCAUCGAUGAGGGAGAGGGGAAAAUAUUGCUUAACGAAGACAUUCACAUCGGGAAUGCCCUGGGAUUGAAGAGCUCUCUCCUGACGCCCGUCCUCAAGAGGGUUAACAAGACGGAUAUAUACACCUUGGCCGCUGAAUGGAAGAAGCUAGUCGAGAAAGGGAAGCAGGGCCUAUUGACGUUGGGCGAAAUGACUGGUAGCAACUUCUACAUCUCCAACCUGGGCAUGUUUAACACUUACCAGUUCGACGCGACACUUCCCGCAAACGUGUCGUGCAUCCUAUCCGUCGGCACCAACAUUGCUGGCGUUGAGAAUUUUGAAGAGCUGAAGAUCCAGCGGGGAAUGAUGAUGACUCUGACCUGCGAUCAUCGCCACAUUUACGGCUCGCACGCGGCUGCCUUCAUGAGCGACUUGGCGGCGUUUGUGGAGCGAGACAUCAUGCAAAUCUUUCUGUAA